CCCCUCCUGCAAUAAUGAGUUUCUUUCCAUCCACAUUUAUGACCCUUUUCACUUCCCAUUUCGUAUUGCACCUUUAUUAUUACCAACCAUUAUGAAAAUUAAACUUUUAUUUCAUUCACCAAUAGUAUUAUUUUCUUCACUUCUUUUUUUGUUCUUUUGUACUCCAUUUUUUAUUUUCUUAUUUUCUUCUUCUAGGUGUUAAUUAAUUAUCCCUUGUCAGAAGCACUAUUUACUGUCUCUGCCACAGUCAUUUCAUUUCAUGUGCCAUUCACAUACACCUAAACUAAUGUGCCUCUUCUCCUUUGUCCCUUACACUAAUUACUUACUUCUUCUCCAUCAACAACAACUAUGACUUGUUCUUCUUCUACUACUACUAUCAUUAUUAUUGUUAUUAUUACUACAAUAUUUCUUGCAAAGUUCAAUUGAUAUAUUAGUUUUCAUUUUCAUCAUCAUCAUGGCUACUCCUAUAAGAGACCCUUCUUCUAAUGUUAUGUCUCUUCCACUUCCAUCUCCUAAAGCUCCACUAGGGUACCCUGAUUUGUAUGGAAAGCGCCGUGAAAUGGCCAGAAUUCAAAUGCUUGAAAGAGAGAUAAGUUUUCUUGAGGAAGAGUUAAAAUCUUCUGAAGGUUUUCAACCAGCUUCAAAAUGCUGCCAAGAGAUUGCUGAUUUUAUGAUGGCAAACUCAGAUCCUCUGUUACCGACGAGCAAGAAGAACCGCAGGUCGUGUCGCUUAUGGAAGUGGCUAUGCCGGAUGCGGUGUUUGAACUUGUCAUGGGUCUGCUGUUGGUGUUGUGAUUGUUUCUCUACUAGCUGUUGCAAUUGCAAACAAAGCAAAUGCAAAUGUAGUAGUUGUGUUCCAUCUAUAAAUUGCUCAUUAUCAAAUUGGUGUUGUUGCUGUGAUAAAAAAUCACAUUGUUGUAAAGAGACUUGUGAUUGCAACAACAAGUGUUGUUGUAGUCUCCCAGGUUGCUAUUUUAAGUGGCCUUUUCCUUCUUGUUGCAUUUGCAAAUGUUCUUGUUCUUGUACUUGUCCAAGUUUUCCUAAGGUUCUCCCUUCUGGUUGUUGUACAAAAUGUUGAGAUUUUUCUUCUAUUGAUUUGUGUAAUUUUAUUUUAUUUUUCAUUUAAAUGAGUUCAAUGUAUCAUUUAGUAUA